AUGGACCACUUCUUCCUGAAGAAGUUUUUUCUCGCGGUGUGCUACUUCGGCUUCGUAAACCUAAUAUUUGGAAGCCCAGACGAACGCGCUGAGAUUAGCCGCCUAUGGUCCAGGAGAUCGUCCAGUUCAACAGUUGUGUUGGUACCCAGACGCCUUGAGAAGCACAAAUGCCCGCACAGCGACACGCCGCUCGUCAAAGCCACCGUCCAAGAGACGAAAGCAGCGGAGGUCCUCCACCGCGUCAAUGCCGCUAAGGAUGGCCUGUACGAGCUACUAUCGGACCUCGCGCCCGCGAUCGCCGCCUCAGGGGGUCUGCGGAUCGAUGGCGGGACCUGGAAGGAUUGGGAGAAGUUUGACAGAGUGUCAUUCCAGUGCACAAAGCUCAUCUCGGGCGCUGGUCUUGUGACUGCUGGAUCUCUCUCUCGUUACGCUGAGAAGGGCAAGACCUCUCGUUUGAGUGCAGCGCAGGUCAAUUUCCUUGUUGAUUGGCUGAAGGACCGUAUGGAGGCCUUGGAGGAGUUGGCACGUACGACGGCUCAUAAUGUGAAGAAGUGUGAGCGCCAAAUGAAAGCAGUGUUCGGUGCCCAGACACCACGGACGCGCUCAUUGGUGAAAUGA